CACGCGGGUAGAAAAAGAGCACCAGCAAUCUUCAGAGGCCAUCAAGCAAUUAUGGCUACGGGAGUAUCCGAGGAUCAAAAUGGUUCAAGACUUCUACGAUGUCGAGCAGAGCUACCGUGAGGCUCGAGCCCGCAAGCCCAACCAGAAGCAACAGAAGAUUCUCAACUUACUCGAAGAACAACUUCGGAGGAUUCAAAGCCUCUUACUCGAGCAAAAGUACCACAUCCAUGGAUACCAAUUUCCAAAAGGGCUCCUGGUCAAACUCUUCCGGAAUCCCAGCGGUGAAAACUACGGAAAAGAUAUUUUAUCGGCCCUCAAAGAUAUUCUCCUGGCAUCAACACACGGAGACAAAAAUGACAGUCUUAGAGUCAUGAAUUUAUGUCGCAAGUCAGCAUUCUUGGCGAUUAACUUGGUCAUGGAAUACGCAAUCGCCUCAUACGAUGAUCUCAGAUUGAUAUUUAAAGAUGACAAGCUGGCGUAUGCAACCUUGGCUUACCGCUUCCUCUUUUUUGAUCCACAAUCAACAGCUAGUCAACUAGCAUGGAAAAAUGCACAAAUUGCGCUAUUGAAUGAUAGAAAAAUCCUGCUAAAGGCAAGAAUAAGAGGCAGAAAACUUCAAGCAGCAGUGAAAAAAAUGAAACAACUUCGAGAGAUAAGGGAAAAACAAAAAAUGAUUGAAGAAGAAAGGAGGGAGAAAAGACUAAUAAAUGGGGUGCAAAGAAUGUUGUCCAACUCAGGGUAGUCAUUUUAUAGAUAGCAUCACCAGUGGAAGGAAUAACUUUUUUC